UGAGUCCAGUAAGUUACGGACGGGGCUGAUACUGUACACCCGGGCGGUGGACAGGGCGGUCUCUGCCGCCCGGCAUUAUUAUCUCAUCACCCCUCAUGUCUUUUUUUCUUUCUGGUGUUUUUUUCUUUGUUCAUACUUGGUCCUGGUGACUUCAAACUCACAAAAAGAAAUCUCUACCGUACCGCACUGCACUCGUCUGGAUUGCUUUGUUGGGGUCCAGCUGAAUUCGACCGCGCUCGAUUGGCUAGCAGAUAGGACAGAAUCCAUCAUGCCAAAACCCAAGGCUUUUUUGAAAGAAUCCAAGGCCAAGAAGAAGGCCUCGCAGCAGCUCCCCGAGACUGCCGAUGAGUUCCUAGCAGUUGGCGUUGAACAGGAAGAAGCGGGAGAGAAAUGGAGGGCCGGAGAUGCAGCCAAAUCCAUGCGCUUUUUCAUGCGCGCGAUUGCGACCUAUGACGACGGCUUGAAAAAGCAUCCUCAUGCUUUCGAUCUAGCGUACAAUAAGGCGAGAGUCCAAUACGAGAUCACCCAACACCCCAAAUUGGCUGCUCAGCUGCCCGCCCCGGUGGCCGACAUCUUGCAAACAACCUUACAGUCGCACAGAGAAGCCCUGGUCCUUGACCAGGACAAUGCAGAUGUCUUGUUCAACACAGCCCAGGUCCUCACGAGCCUUGCGGAGGCAAUCACCGACACCAAACGCCCCGCCGAUGAACAAUUGAAUCAAGCCGUAAAGUUUCUCCAGGAAGCUCUGGAGCUCUUCCAGCGAUGUCUCCUUCUGCAAGAGAUGAAGUACACCGAGAUGCAAGAACACAUUAAACAGAUGGAAUCCGGAAUCUUGGAUCAACGCCCCGAGGAUAUUCAGCUCGCACAAGAGCAGAUGGAGGAUGCGGGUGAGUCAAAGACCUCGGAGCAACAAGAGCAAUGGGCUGCCGUCGUUGAGCCGGUGACGAAGGACACGCUCGUGGAUACGGCCGUGGCCCAGUUGGAAACACUCACGGCUCUUUGCAAUCUACUCACCUUCGAUCCCGGAGUCGGACUGGCUUGGGUCGAGGAAUACUCCUCCGACCUUCUCCAGGAAAAGAUCACGGUGUAUGUCGAUGGUUCGAACCGAGCCUACGACGCAUCGCUGGCCCGUGCAAAGUUCAGCUGCGCUCUGAGUGAGGUCCUGUACCGAGGCGGGCGUAUAGAUGUUGAAACGUAUUAUGGAGAACUUGCGCGUGUUUUCGGACCUGAAUUGGACCUGUCUGCGGACCCCGAUGGUCUCUGCAGCAAAGCAGACGCGUUCAUGUCGUUUAACACCGCAGUCACCGAACUGCCUCCUUCGCAUGACCCUGAAAUGCUUGAAAAAUCGUUGAAGCUAAGAUGGCAGUCACUAUCCGCAGCUCUGGACGGCCUGACCAAAGCCUCCAAGAUCCCGGAUGCGGAAAAUCUGCCCAAGAUCCAUCUGGCUCGGGGGGAUGUAGAAGUCAACCGAUGGCGGCUAGGCAUGCCGCCCUGGGAGUUUGGCAUGGCGCAGCAGAAUGCCGCCCUUCUUCUCCGCAAUGCCCAAACAUAUUAUCGAGGCGCAGCCGCCUUAGCCCGAAGAGACGGGGGCGCAAACGAAGAACGGGACGGAACUUGCAAGGAAGCCAUAACCGCUGCAAUGGACGGUCAGAAAGAGAAGCUGGAGCAGCUCAAACGCAACGCGCCCAAAGAACUGAUGGUUGCCGCAGAAGACAUGGUGGAGGACGGCUGGGUAAGCCCUGCAGACAUGGAGGCGUUACUGUCGUAAAUUGAUAGAUACCCAUUUCACCGAUCAUUAUUGGCGCUGGCCUCCCACGGUAGAAACCGCAUCUUCGUUUUAAAUCAGAUGU